CAGCCUUCCGCCCUCUCUCUCUCUCUCUCUCUCUCUCUCUCUCUCUCUCUCUCUCUCCAGUCUCUCUCUCUUCGUAAGUGUUCUUGAUUACUGUUGACGACUCUACGAUUGGUCAACCAUGUCGCUGAGGCCGAGCGCGAGAACCGAGGUUCGCCGGAACGGGUACAAGGUGGCGGUGGAUGCGGAGGAAGGUCGGAGGAGGAGGGAAGACAACAUGGUGGAGAUCCGAAAGAAUAAAAGAGAAGAGAAUUUGAUGAAGAGGCGACGAGAAGCUCUUCAACCUAGUCAGCAGUUCCCUCUUCAAUUUACCUCCCUCGACAAGAAGUUAGAACAUCUACCUGCAAUGGUUGCGGGUGUUAGGGCUGAUGAUGGCAAUUUGCAGCUGGAGGCAACAACUCAAUUCCGGAAAUUGCUCUCAAUAGAACGUAGUCCUCCAAUCGACGAAGUUAUUCAAUCAGGUGUUGUUCCACAUUUUAUUGAGUUUCUUAUUCGGGAAGACUUCCCCCAACUUCAGUUUGAGGCGGCUUGGGCACUGACGAAUAUUGUUUCGGGUACAUCUGAGAACACCAAAGUGGUGAUUGAUCAUGGGGCUAUUCCCAUUUUUGUGAAGCUUCUUAGUUCUCCGAGUGAUGAUGUUCGGGAGCAGGCAGUGUGGGCUUUGGGUAACGUUGCUGGUGAUUCUGCCAAAUGUCGCAAUAUUGUCCUUGGCCAUGGAGCAUUGCUUCCUUUGCUGGCGCAGUUGAAUGAGCAUACCAAGCCAUCCAUGUUACGAAAUGCUACGUGGACUCUUUCAAACUUCUGCAGAGGAAAACCGCGGGCUGCUUUUGAUCAGACAAAGCCUGGGCUUCCAGCUCUUCAGCGUCUCAUUAACUCAAAUGAUGAAGAAGUUCUGACCGAUGCAUGUUGGGCCCUCUCAUAUCUUUCAGAUGGUACCAUUUAUGAAACUCAAGCUGUCAUUGAUGCAGGUGUAUGCCCCCGGCUUGUUGAGCUAUUACUUCACCACUCCUCUUCGGUGCUCAUUCCUGCCCUUCGUACAAUUGGUAACAUUGUAACCGGGGAUGAAAUGCAAACUCAGUGUAUUAUCAACCAUCAAGCACUACCCUAUCUUGUGAACCUGUUAAGUGGGAAUUAUAAGAAGAGAAUUAAGAAGGAAGCUUGUUGGACAAUAUCAAAUAUCACUGCUGGCAACAAGGAGCAGAUUCAGGCUGUUAUUGAGGCUAAUAUUAUUGGCCCUCUAGUUCAUCUACUUCAAAAUGCGGAGUUAGAGAUCAAGAAAGAGGCAGCUUGGGCAAUCUCAAAUGCUACCCUUAGUGGUAGCCACGAACAAAUUAAGUACCUUGUGAGCCAAGCGUGUAUCAAGCCAUUAUGUGAUCUUCUUGUUUGUCCUGAUCCAAGGAUUGUCACUAUCUGUUUAGAAGCGCUUGAAAACAUUCUGAAGGUUGGUGAAGCUAAUAAGAAUUUGGGUCAUACAGGAGAUGUUAAUCUUUAUGCUCAAAUGAUCUAUGAUGCUGAUGGUUUAGAGAAAAUCGAAAACCUUCAGAGUCAUGACAAAGUUGAGAUUUAUGAGAAGUCAGUGAAAAUUCUUGAGACGUAUUGGCUGGGGGAAGACGAUGAGACACUGCCGCUAGGUGAUGCUUCCCAACCAGGGUUUGAAUUCGGACGGAGUGAGCCUCAUCCUCUUUUCGGUGGGUUCAUUUCCUUUUGAAGGUCAGACUUCUGGAAGGUUAUUUAAUUCCAUCUCUGGUGGGAGGAAACUGGGAUUUGCGGCCAAUUGUCACGCACCUUCUCAAUUUUUUGUGUACAGUUCAUACAGGCAUGGCCUAAAGGGGUCGCGAACUAGCUUCGGUUUCCACUUGAGACAAGAUUAGAUGGUGGUGGUGGACACUGAUGUGGUGGGAGGUUCUGUUAUGUUGCCGUGGGGCGGCAUUUUGGGAAAGCUAGGAUUCGCCAUUUGGGAGUCGUCGGGAGUUUUGAUAUGACAUACAAUCAACUAUGUUGUCCGUUAUGUUUGUAGCUGUAGUUCAUUUACAGUAGGUUGCUGGGUGGUUGUCACUUUCAAAAGCUCUCCUCCCCAGCUAUGAGUUUGAAAUGAGAUCGAAAAACUUAUUUAUGGAGGGUUCCGUAAAUAAGUAUUACAGAGGUGAAUACGGACCGUCCAAAACACUCCGUUCAAAAGUGUUUUAGACGGUUCGGAUUUUAAACAAACUUAGUUUCAGUUUGUUUAAAAUCCGGACCGUCCAAAACGCUUUUAGACGGUUGGGAUUCACCCGCUGUAAACAGUCUCUCUCCAUGAAAUAAGUAUGAGAAUUUUCUCACCCCUUGGCAACUUGUAUUGUACUUGUUUUUUUCCCUCUUCUUUCCUGCUUCAAAUGGGCACUGUGAAGUUUUAACGAUUCUAUUUUCAUUUUACUUUUUGAUUUGAGCUACGGGGAAUAUUGGUUAUAAUUAGUUGGGGGAAAAUGAGAAGUUGUAAGUAAAAAUGCGAUUGCAAGUAUUUCUGAUGUAUUUUUGGUUGCCUUGGCCAUGUGGCCCAAUUAUUGUACAACCACAAAUACUUGCAUAUUCAUAUGGGGAUCCAUACACACUACAUAUCCGGUGGGUGGCACCCACAAAUAAAUGUGAAUAUGUUUGUAUUUGUUUGUG